UGUUUUUCGAUUAAUAUGAAACAUGCAGGAAAUUCUUUGCAGGUACUCUACCUGCUGCUUGAAACAUCAAAAGACGGUCAGCUAAGUACUCUAUUAGAAGCUCUCGUUACCCAUGGCAUGUCUCUGUAUCAACUCUCUGUCGGAGACACCAAGCAGAAGGUUUAUGCAGCCUGCAAAGAGGUUCUUCAGGAAAAAGCAGUUUUAGAAAAUAUGCAGACCAGUAUAUCGAGCCGUGAGCAGGCUGUACAGUACAAGAAAUCCGCCAGCAUCCUGGAAAGGUUUGAGGCAACGAUAAACAUAGCCGUGGUAGAACUGAUUGUGGAUAAUUAUAUGGGGCUAAUACUCGCACUCGAAAGGCUGCUCGAAGCUGCCGAACUCUACGCACGUCAGCAGAAAAGCGGCAGCGCAGGGGAUGGAACUGUAGACUUAUCUAUUGGAUUUAAAGGAUCAGUCGUGGAUUUUUGUGCAGCCGUCGACCAAGUGUACAAUAUUGUCCAGCAGGCUGUCGGUUGUUCUACGGAUGAACAAAGGGUGACCAGCUUGCUGAGUGAACAAGCAGCUCUGGAGCAGUUGGACCCCGAGUUAGUUGCGGGUGCCGUUGCGCUCGCCACAGACACCAACGACCGAGGCUUGAAGACCACUUUGUCCCAGCUGCAGGUUGCUUGGGAAUUUCACACGAAAAACCUUUUUCGCAACCUUUUACAUCUGUGCAACCCCGAUACGUUCUUUGACGCUCUCGACAUCAGCUUGAAGUGUGGCAUCGCACAGCUUGAGCGCUCGGACGCUCGUUGUUCUGCGUUGAAGAAGAUGGUGGCUGUCGCAUCUUCCGCGAUCGACAUUAGCAGAGUUGUAUUCGAGGACGUCGGGAUUCCAGAGAGCCUACAAGUAGCGGUUGACCACCUGGCAGUAGCGAUAAGAGCUCUGAAGAAUGCACCGGAAGAAAGGUACCUGAAGAGGGCCAAGGUGGUCCGUGGCUGUGCUUGCCGACUGCGGGAAGAAUUGAGAGAACACCUGCCACUGUCUUCCGUCGAGUUCACGGGAGAGGCCGAUUCCACAAAGCUAAGUUGUCAAGAGCAAGAUGUUGAGAGCUCCAAGGACACGUGCCCUGUCUUGGAUGUCACAAAAAUUCUGAAUCAAAUGCGCGUCUCUGUGCAAGACAGCACAAUUGGACCUGUGUCGGAUAACGUGACUUCCGUGACAUUUCAACGCAAAGACGUCAGUAAAAUAUUUCCCAGUUUCAGUUGUCGGGACUUGCCCCAAGUAUCCCAAAGACUCGAGACGUCUGUUCUUCGGAAUAAAGGUUUGGCAUCCAUCCUGCAGAUGACUGAGCAGCAACGACUCAAGCACACAAUACGUCUUAGUAAGGAAGCUAUAGGGCAUACAGAAAUGGGGCAGUGGAUACAGAACAACAGCUCAGUCUGCACACUUGCUGUCAAGAUGAAGCAUUUGGCAUCACAGCUAAGAAGUGAUAAGGUUGUCUCAUUUUAAUUCAAGAUUAUUUUUUAUGGGAUUACGUUGAACUGU